AUGUCGAACCAGAUUACUCUCACCUCCUCCGAUGGCGUUGACGUUUCCGUUGAGCGCACUGUCGCGGAACGAUCCGUCCUAAUCAAGAACAUGUUGGAAGACUUGGGCGACUCAGGCGAGGCUAUUCCCAUCCCCAACGUGAACGAGGCUGUUCUCAAGAAAGUUAUCGAGUGGUGCGAGCACCACAAGAACGACCCUCCCACCACUGGUGAUGAAGAUGACAACCGCCGCAAGACCACCGAUAUCGACGAGUGGGACCAGAAGUUCAUGCAGGUUGACCAGGAGAUGCUGUUCGAGAUCAUCCUGGCUGCCAACUACCUCGACAUCAAGGCUCUGCUCGAUGUCGGCUGCAAGACUGUUGCCAACAUGAUCAAGGGCAAGUCCCCGGAGGAGAUCCGCAAGACCUUCAAUAUCCAGAACGACUUUACCCCCGAGGAGGAAGACCAGAUUCGUCGGGAAAACGAGUGGGCUGAGGAGUAA